UGGUAAGCAUACUUUGAAUUUAAUGUAAAUGAAGAAAAUAAUUUCUAAAUAAGUGAAGAAGACAUUUCUUUUUCAUGUCCUAUGAAUAUAACAAAGCUUUAUAUGUAAUUGAGUGAAAAGGGUAAAUAUAAUUUCAUCACAAUUUAUUAGGAGUGCUGCCACUGAUUAGUAUCUCUUCAAGUCUGUUUAUGUCAUUAUUUCGAAGGUGUGCACUUUUACUAGUUGUAUUGUUUAUACAGUUGUAAAUUUCAUUAAAAAAAGAACAAUAAAAAUAGUAUUAGUUUCAGAGUAUUUAAAAAUAACAAUUACUUUAAGCAGCUGAUCAAGUUUUUCAAAAAAUACGGGCUCCAUGUCUUCUCUUCGAGGAAUUAAUUACAAGAUAAUUACCGUGUUAAGUCUGCGGAUAUAAACUGAAGGGAAACUUUACUACUGAAGUAUGAAUGUACAUAUAAAUUCCUCAACAUUUAUUUGGUAUUUUUAUAACGAAAACGGUAUAUGAAAGACAAAUUUUAAACCUAUCACAAUUCGGCGAAUAAAUGACUAAGGAGAAACAAAGAAAAAAAAUCAUUCGACCGCCGGCCGUGAUGAUAAUCAUAUCAAUAUAAAUUCAAGUCUAGCGUGCCGACGUGCCCAGAGUCCGAAAGGAUGCAGGAAGGCAGUACUCGAAGCUUCCAGUGUUGUCCAGGAUGUUAUCCUGUUCUGUUGUGGUCGCCUGGUUGUCGGGUGUCAGCGCCGUCGUCUACGGACCCAGGAGGGAGCCUCCCAAGUUCCGUAGUUUGAGGAGUAUAACAGAACUUGCGGCGGCCGAGGGCUACGAAGCCACCAACAUCGAGCUGCUCACUGAAGACGGCUACAGCCUAUGGAUUCACAGGAUAGGGAACAACAGUGGUCCUCCGGUGCUCUUCCAGCAUGGCAUACUUCUUGCAGCGGACUCUUGGAUCACUAGGCCGCAUAAGGAUUUAGCUUUUGUGCUGCUGGAGAGAGGUUACGACGUGUGGUUGUCCAACCAGAGAGGAACUGUCUACAACGAGUACAGCCUUCGCAUUCCGAAAACCAAUCCUAAAUAUUGGGAUUUUAGUUUCCAUGAAGCAGGUUACUACGACUUGCCAGCUUCGAUAGAUGCAGUGUUGGAUAAACGAGGAGUAGACAAGUUGUUCUAUAUAGCUCAUUCCUUAGGUACCACAACAUUCCUGGUGAUGACAUCCUGCAGACCAGAAUAUAACACUAAGAUAAAGGCUGCCUUACUCCUGGCUCCGAUUGCGUACGGCCCGACGUACAGCGAGAUGAAGCCAUUCCUCAGGAAGAUGGUCCAGGCAGCACCAAUCACAUAUAAGGCAUUACAGCUGCUUGGACACUAUCAGAUAGGAUACAGGACGGAACUCAAGAUCCAAGCAUUGAAGCUAUUCUGCGGCGAGUUCUCAGUUACUCAAUCGAUGUGUUUGGACGUGAUAGGGCUCUACACUGGAGAAGACAGGACCAAUUUGGACAAGAAUGACUUCCAUAACUUUAUACCGUACGGUUCUGCAGGAACUUCCAUUAAGACCCUCUACCACUUGGCACAGAAUUUCAGAUCAGGAGAGUUCCGGCAGUUCGAUUACGGAGCAGAAGGUAAUCUUCAGCGUUACCAGAAUACCUCUCCUCCUUCCUAUAGGCUGAAUUUAGUAACGCCACCUGUGGCCCUUAUCUGGGGGCUCAAUGACAAUUUUCUCUCAGAAACGUCCGUGAAAAAGUUGGCAUCCCAUUUGCCGAACGUCAUAUACAAUAAAGCUGUAGCAGAUCCCAAGUUCGCCCACUUCGACAUGAUUCUUGGAGCCGAUGCGAGGGAAGUGCUGCAUCCCUCAGUCGUAGAGAUCAUGGAGUCUUUCACUAAAGAAGAUAUUAACAAGUGAUGUCCUUUAAAAAGUAUGUUGUCCGAUUCUGAGGAAUGAAUGUAUAUUUCUUCGGUUUAUUGCAAAAAGUCAUUAGGUGACAUUUCAUAAACUUGAAUUACAAAUAACUUACAAGAAUUUUUCGUUUGUCAAAUAAGAAAAUCGUGCGUUUGUUGUAACUGUAGCAUUCAUAACUUCUCCGAAUUUUCCUCAUAAUCAACGUUGGUAGAACCGUUGAAAGCUGAAUUACUGACCUAUCAAUCCACAUCGGUAACUUUUAGCGAGGGCUGUGGUUCGGGAUUUAGAAAAGCGAUUCCUCCUUCAACUGCUGCUUGUUUUUGGAGGAGCUUGGUGUAUUAAGGAGCCAUCUGCAGAGCAUAUCAGAAUCUAUUAUUUUAGACUCAUUAGGAACACUACACCAGCACCUGUAUUUAUUCUGUGUACUUUGUUGUGAACUCGGUGGACAGAAGAGAGAUGGAAGAAAAUUGUAACAAUGAAUGAAUAAAUUAUAACAUUGGAUACGUUGGAUGACGGCCCCUUGAUAUUUUAUUCUAUUUGUUCUCUUUUAUUAAAUGGUAUCGAUUACGACUGACCAGUAUGCUGAGUUAUUUAGCAACUCGUCAUAGUUGAGCAGCCGUAAAAUUUUAUUGUGAUUCUUCCUCUAAUUCAUUUUUAAAUUAGAAAUUAAUAAAAACUUCUCAAUCAUUUUUAUUUUAUUUAUUUGGUUCUAGUUUGUUUAAGGUUUUGUAACUUUUCGUAUGGCAUAUAGAGCACUAAAUCACUAAUUAUUUAAAGAACAUCCUGAGAAGUUAUUAAUGAUUUGCCGGGGAAAAAAAAUCAUUUAAGAAAAUCCAGUAUUAAAUUUUGCAAUUUUUGAUUUCUAUAAAAAUUUAUAUUUGAGAUUUUUUUAAGGCACUGAAACGAAUCUUUUAUAUUUGACUUACUUUGUCGGAAGAGCUUUUUGGAUGUUGUAAUUUAUUAUAUAAUAUAACUUAUUUAAUGCCACAAUCAAUUUGUUUUUCUUAUUAUGCAAAGAAUAAUUAAAUUGAUUCAUA